AUGGAUCGCAGACCUCAGGCCGGCACCACGGUUUUGGACGUGGGCGGCUGGCGGGUCGUCGUCACCGACGGGCACACAGUGCUGCCCGAUGGCAUGACGCACCUGCCCGACGACGCGUUCUACGGGCACCGCAGCGCCCUCAUCUCUGUCGUCUGCCCGAGCAGCCUCGUCUCCAUCGGCGAUCGUGCCUUCUAUUCCAACUUUUACCUCACCUCCAUCACCCUUCCCGCCGGGCUCACGUCAAUCGGCGAAUCAGCCUUCUAUUACUGCUGUUCACUCGCCUCCAUCUCCUCCGUCGACUCCCACGCCCUUUUCACCUUCCCCGCCAGCCUCGCCUCCAUCGGUCGCUACGCCUUUUACGCUGGCCGCAUCGACUUUGCUCCAAUCAUGCCUGGCUCCUCGCGCACGCGCGUUACGGUGCCAGCCACCGCCCAGAUCGGCGAGGAGGCCUUCCCCUACGCUGCCACCAUCCUCCGCGUCCCGCCCGCGAGCAUGCGCGCCCAGGAGCGGCUCCUCUUCUUCUACAAGGGCGCGCUGGCCUACAAGCGCUGCCGCCCCGGCCUACUCGGCUGGCUAGAGCGGGCCCAGAUCAGGCUCGGCGCUUACGGUCCGGACGGCGCGGCGCGCCAGCGCGACCUGGAGGAGUUCGAAGGCGACUGUGCGCUAGCUGCGAUCCAUGCGUGA